AUGUGGGAAUUCCGGUCCAUGUCUUUUUGGCGGGCUGUGUUUGCCGAGUUCUAUGGCACGAUGUUCUUCGUCUUCUUCGGACUGGGAGCAGCUCUGCGUUGGACCGCCGGACCACUCAAUGUCCUCCAAGUUGCUUUCUGCUUUGGACUGGCAGCCGCUACACUCAUCCAGUCCAUCGGCCACAUCAGCGGUGGCCACAUCAACCCGGCCGUCACAUUCGCCUACCUGAUUAGCUCCCAGAUGUCCCUGUUUCGUGCGUUCUUCUACAUCUGUGCCCAGUGUUUGGGUGCGCUAGCUGGGGCUGCCGUGCUGCAUGGGGUCACACCAAACAAUGUCAGAGGCAAUCUGGCCUUGAACACGCUUCAACCAGGCAUCAGUCUGGGCAUGGCCACCACCAUAGAAAUAUUCCUGACUCUGCAGCUUGUGGUGUGUGUCUUUGCUGUGACGGAUGAGAGGCGAAACGGGCGAGUUGGGUCUGCUGCUCUAUCCAUUGGCUUCUCGGUGCUUGUGGGUCACCUGCUGGGGAUGUAUUACACCGGAGCUGGAAUGAACCCUGCCAGAUCUUUCGCGCCUGCUGUGCUUUUCAGGAACUUUAUAAAUCAUUGGGUGUACUGGGUGGGCCCCCUGAUCGGCGGUGCUCUCGGUGCUUUGCUGUACGAUUUCCUGCUUUUUCCGCGCAUGCGGGAUCUGUCUGAGCGUCUGGCUGUGCUCAAGGGCAACCGACCCCCCGAGGCUGAAGCCCAGCAGGAGACCCGAGGGGACCCUAUCGAACUCAAAACACAAGCCCAAUAAACACUGUCAGGACAAGAUGGAUCCAUAACGAAAGAUACACCUACAUUGAUUUAACACGACACACCACCAACAUACCAACUCAGUCUGCCUUAUUAGGGAGGAUAACACACUCCCUAAGGCAACCAAUGACCCCUUCCCAAAAACUAUGAGGUUAAGAAGACUUCGCACUGAGGAUUGCGCUCUUUACUGGUAGGUAUAGGGGGCGAGUCUGUGCCUACCCAUCAGGUGGCAAGGGGCAUCUGACAUUUCUAGUCUAGUUCAUGACUGAACUACACUAGAAGUGGACUUGUGCAUGCUUUACAGUUUCAUAGUGUUUGUGUUGAAAUCUUUCACAUUCAUUUUAUUUCAGGUUUGUUUCUUUGAUAUUUCACAGAUGUGACACAUGUGCAUAAAAACAUUAUCUUUUGGAACAGUUUACAUUUUUUGCAGCCUUGCAUUAUGAAGUGUGUGCGCGCAUGUGCGUGGUGUGCGUUUUCUGACAAUUUCUUGUUUAGUUCAUCCUAUUCCCCCCAUCCGCCUUGUGUUUGUAUCAACACAUCAAGGUUUUUUUUCAAUCUCAAAUGAAGGCCUUUCUCCUUUAAACAGAUGAGUUUGGAGGAUGUUGAUUCACAGCUAAAAGAGACAUAUCUUGAAUUUGGAUCACACUAUGAGUCUGUUUUAAAAUGUUGUAUUGUUUAUGUGUGGCCCAGUAUGUGUUUCUUAAAAAGAAGCCAAGUCUCACAAUCAUUAAUAUUCAAAAACAAACAUUGUUUUACUUGAUACAAGCACUUGACCAAACUCGAUGAACCCCCUUGCCCCUCCCGAUCAUUUUUGCAACUUGAGUUGAAUACCUCCGGAAACAUUAGAUAACAUUAGUUUGUUUGAUUUCUGUUUUGUUUUUUGCAUGCAUAGAGUUUCUGUUUAGUUUAGUGGGUUUGGUGUUAUUUUGUGCGUGAAAGGCGAGUUAAGGCAAAUGCAUUUUGUCUCAGGCAAGAGAAUAUUUGUGUAGUUUUUUUGUAAAGUGUAAAACCUCACUCAUCGGUGCAGAAAUGUUCAAGAAACAACAGAGCAUAAUGGUACCAGUUGGAAGUAUAUGAUUUUUUUUCAAUGUUUUAUUACAUUUUCUGAACAUAAGCUCAGUGUAUAGGGUAUAUCAAACAUUUUCCUCUAAAACUGAGGUCUGGAUUUUUUGGAUAUUAAAUGCACACGUUGUAGCAUUUGGAUCUAAAAAAGAGAAAUCCUCUACGCAGCUCUCCUCUUUACUCCUCUGAUUAAUGGAACCAUCAGCCUCACUGACUGUGUCACCUUUAAAGGGCAUGGUAAACAACUGAAAACGUCAAUGUUUACAUGAAAAUCAGAUACCAUUUGUUGUUCAGUCUUAUGUUAAGUGUACGGGUUUCCAUAAUCAUCUUCAAAUGUCUGUUGAAGCUAGUUAUUAUAAAUUACCAUUUUAAGUUACUGAAUGUCUCUUUAGUUUUAUGAGUGUGAUUUUGGAGUGUGCUAUAUGGACACAGUGCUUGAACUUAAUGAACAACUAUAGAUUUUUCUAUCAAUGUUUCUAUCGUAACACUAAUCUUUUUUUUUGUUAAAGGGGUAUUCUUAAAAAAAAUUCUUAUCAUUUUGCUCAAACCAGAAACAUUGUUUACCGAGGCAAGACACAGAACGCCUUUUUACUUUAUUCGUUAAAAAGAAUGUUUUAAUUCAUAUUUAGCACAUUCAUCUAAACAUCCGAUAAAAUACAAAACAGAAAGAAGAUAUUCCUUUUUAUAAUUUUUUUUUAAAUACAAACAUUCACCAUUGACGCCUUUUAAAAACAGCCCAUUUAAUAAAUUUGGCACUGACAGAUAUAAAAUUGGUAUUUUACAAAAGAAAUAAAACAGUAUUUUUGGAAGGCAAAAUCUGAGUUUUGGGAAAGAAACUAUAUUACAUUUCAAUUUUAAGAAAGUUGACUUACGGGC